UGGGACGUGAAGUUGUAGGUGAACAUGCGGCCAGAGCCUCUGUGUGAAGGAUGGCCUCGGCGAAGUAUUCCAUGUUGUUUCAGAAUGUCCAUGCAGUCCGGGCGCAGGUGGUUAUCAAAGCCGCGAAGCUCCGACACGGAGUACAGCGGCGGCAUGGUCCGGGAGGGGAGUAGUAGCGUUAAGCUAGCGCCAGCCUGUGACCAAGAGCCCGCCGUCCGCGAGAUGAGAAGCGAUGUGCAGCCCAGGAGAAUAAGCGAGAUGAUCCACAGCAUACCAGCGGGAAGAUGCCAGCAGUCCGGUGAGGAGAGAGUGGUAGCCUAGACGGGCUACCAGCCCGUUAGCCUGACGAUCCUGCCCGGAGAAUGGAGGUCAACCUGGUGCAGUGGUGGCUAGCGGAGACCAACCCAGGUCUGCUCACCAAGCCGGAACGGAAAGAUCCCGGCAGGGUAAACAGGUGGGCUCGUGAUGGCUAGCGACGUGGCAGCCAGGGGUGAGAAGACUAGCCGUUCCAGUUGCAGGACAAAAACAGCAAUUGGACCAAACCCGGGAGUCCUGGGGCUAGCGGGCUAAUUACUCUGAGUUUGAGUUCAGUUGAGGUUAGUCGAGUGUUCACAUAUAUUCAAGGUGCUACUCUAGUGUUUGUAACCACAGAGCUAACAAACUAAACAAACAGGCAAAAAAAAUGUGAAAAACACAAGAGCGAAAAAUCGAGGCUGCCAUCAAGCGGCCAUCUUGUUAGUUGAAAAUUAUAAACUGAUCUGAUUAAGAAUAUAGAUUGCGGCAAAAACUCGUACGGUAUUAAUAAUAAACGUUUUAAGAACAAUAGGUCCGCAAUACCAAUACCACAAAUAUGAUACUGGUAUAUUCAUCUAUAAUAGUAAUAAAUAAAACUUCUGUAUGGUUACCUUUUUACUAGCUUGUAAAGAAAACACAUUAAAAAAUAUGUCGGUAUCAAAAAGUCAACAAAAAAAAUUGCUGGUGAGCCCAGAGCCACAGCUGUAAUCGCAGUAGAGAUGUUUCCAGAUAAUGCAGUCAAGGAGGUAGCACAUUUUCUCAUGUUGGGGUACUUUUCCUCUGUGAGUAAGUUCCAGAAUUGUCCAUGAGCCCUGGACUUAAGCUGAAUGUCAGCUUGUAGUGUCAAAAUCUCAUCCUCCACUCCAGAUGAGUUCAGGUGAAACAGUGUUGCAAUUUUUGAUGCAAGUGAAUCAACCUCAGCAUCUUCUCGAAAAGGGUAGCACAUGAAUGUAGCGACUGGCUCCAGUAAAGCAAAGUCUUGAAAGCGUCUGUCAAAUUCUGACAAACAAUCUGCUCUGUGUAGCGUGCAUUAUCAAGUUUCACACACGCCUUGCCUUGCAUCUCCAGUUCUGAUGCAAGGUUCUGGAAGUUCGCCAAAUCAUGGCGCUGCAUCUUUGAGGACAGAUGUUGCAUUUUCCGUUUGAAAGCAUUAACUGAGCUGAUCAUAUCAACCACGGUUUUGUCUUCAGCUAACUGAUCGUCAUUUAGUUGGUUGUAUUCUGCAUGUUUAGCAACACGGAAAAAAACCCUUAAUCUCCACAGAGCUCUCGAAAUCUCUGCAGGAAUUUCCCUUGACUAAGCCAUCUCACGUCAGUGUGUAGCAAUAAAUCUUGGAAGGACUUCUUGUGCGUAACAAUGAAGUGACUCACCCGGAAUGACGCUUCGGUGGCUGCCUUCGCUUUUGUGGUCAGCUGUGAGAAAAAUGACUGCUGUCCGGACAACUGGGAUUUUAGUUUCUUCACCUUUUUCUUUCUCAGCUCGCUUUUCGGAGGGAAGUCAGUGUCGUAGUUUUUGUGAACAGUCCGAAAAUGCCGCUCCACAUUUUUCUUCUUCGGAAAAGCAAUGGUAGACUGGGAGAUGAGGCAAACGCACUUCGAAUAUGACAUUGUGAAACAAAAGUCCUCCUCCCAUUCCGUAUGGAAGUGGUAGGUUUUUGACUUCUUACUUGGUCCAGCCCGCGCGCUCUCCUUCCUCUCCAAAGGACAUUUGUGGAAAGAGACCUAAACUGGCUUCACUACAAUACAUCACUUCACACCUUGUAAACUCACAUUUUGUUGAAUGUUACAACCAGUUAGCCUGGUUGAGACCUUCAAAAUCACCAAAUCAAUGCUCACUGGCAUUCAUGUAAUAUGACCAUGUUGUGAUAUUAUUCUGUAUUUAUGUUCUAGUGAUAUAUACAUUUUCUAAAACUACAUUAAACAACCUUUCAGUGCAAUUUGUAUUUUGUUUUAGUACAAAAGGCCUGCUUCCCCCUCCUCACCACCUAAAUACACAAACAAAUGUACUCCCACUCUAAUGCAAAGGGGAAAGAAAGUAGCCCUUGAAGAUUAAUGUAUUUUUAAGAUCAUUUGUAAGAGCCAUUUUGUUCAGUUUGUUCGCGUUUUUGUUGGACCUCCCACCACUAGGGGGCGUAGGGCGGCAGCUGUCAAUUAAGACAGCCCAAUAUAAUCAGGAGGAACACUGAGGCCAGGUGUUGCUUGACUGGCAGGAGCACACAGUCUUUGACCGUAUGAGGCUAAACAGUGUCCGGCAUAGGAAUGGUUUGAUUACUUUCAUGUUUUGGUUCAAGUGGAAAAGUUGUACAAUACUGUGAAUAAAUAACCUUUCGAAUUCAAACCCUGGACAUUGCAUCUAGUUACUACACACGUCAAACUUACCUGGAAGCAACCAUAGUGGACUUACGUUGAUAGGCAACGGGGUCACUACACAAGUCAAAGACUAGCUUCAUUUGAGGAACAAAGGAGGAGGUUUGAAGACGCUUGAUUGCGGUCCGUGACCAGCUGGUGCAGGGACCGAUCAACUGUGAGAGCAGCGCGGGGAGACGGUGCGGCAGCGGUGCGGCAGUGGAGCGGGGUAGAUGGUGCGGUUAGAGCGGCAGAGGCGCGGCUGUUCACUCACGUAGGAAAGAGAGCGUCACGACACCUGUAUGCCGGCCAAAGUCUCAAAAUGGAGUUUCUGGACAGCCAAGCUGACGAUCGACACUCCGAGGAGAACAAGCCCACGCUGGUGGAGUCGGGUGCCUCUUGCCAACCACCCCCGCUGCAGGCCAAACCCCGCAAGAGACGCUCAAGGCAAAGCAAGGGAAGCUCCAAGCUACGUGACCCCGUGGCCAUCACCGCUACAUCUCCACCCAGGAAAGAGACUGGGUCCGGCGAUGCCAGGGCUUUGAGAAGCAUGUGCAUCAGGGCGGGCUGCACCAACGCAGCCAUGGAGAGCCCAGAAUGGGACAACGAAUACUGCAGCAACGAAUGUGUGGCCACUCACUGCAGCACUAUAUUCAAGGCCUGGCGCUUGGAAAUGAAUCAGACCAUGUAAGGAGCAGCCCAAUCACAGAAAAAAGUUGUUGUUGUUUUUUGUAAACAGUGUUUACGUGUUUAUUGUA